UUCUGCCGCAAAGAUGAAUUUCCGGAAAUUACAAAAUAUUAGACAGAAACUAUGAUUCUUCUUUCUUCGUCAUUUCCACUUAUCAUUAAUCAGGAAAAAAAAAAAAAAAAACCCACUCUGAUUAAAAGUUGAAAACUUUCAGAUUAGAGAUUCAUCUGUAUAUUCAACCUUGCCAAAAGGGGCACAUAAACACUCAGAAUCCAUUAAUAUUUUAAUAAUUCUCUGGUGGGAAAUGUUUAGGUUGUGGAAAUGGUACCAGAAUUCCUUAGCUGUUCAUCCAAUUAAGACGCAGGUCAUCAGCUCUGGUUUGAUUUGGGGGUUUGGUGAUAUAGCUGCCCAGACCAUCACUCACUCCACGGCCAAGUCCCAACGUCAAAUUCAAACUCAGGGUGAAGAUGAAGAUGAAGAGUUAAAGAUCAAUUGGAGAAGAGUGUGUACAACCAGCUUGUUUGGAUUUGGGUUUGUUGGGCCUGUUGGUCACCUCUGGUAUGAGGGUUUGGACCGAUAUAUAAGGUCAAGACUUCUUCUGCAACCAAAUUCCUUUCGUUUUGUUGCUUCUAAAGUGGCAAUUGAUGGGUUCCUUUUUGGGCCAUUGGAUUUACUUGUGUUUUUCACCUACAUGGGGUUUUCUGCUGGAAAGAGCGUUCCUCGAAUCAAGGAAGAUGUGAAAAGGGAUUUUCUUCCAGCCUUUGUUCUGGAAGGAGGGAUAUGGCCGAUUGUGCAAGUAGUGAAUUUCCGGUUUAUACCUGUGAGGUAUCAGCUCCUCUAUGUCAACUUCUUCUGCUUGUUAGAUAGCAGUUUUUUGUCUUGGCUCGAGCAACAAGAAGAUGCUCCAUGGAAGCAAUGGUUGAAAUCUUUAGUACAUUUUAACAAACAAAAAGAUGAAGGUGGGUGAUUUCCCAUUAACUACAGUUUUCCAGGCCUUGCUGAUUAUAGUGGAUCAUACGUCGAAGAAAGUAAAACAGUUGAGUGAGAAAACUGAGGUACCAACUUAGUUUUUUAAAGUUGGGAUUUUGGAAGUGAUGGAUUUGCUCUCAUCUUAUCCAGUUUUCACGUACAAUACAAGUUUUCAUGGAUUUGUAUCCUCAAUCCAUGUUUCAAUAAUGAUUCUAUCAAUUUCCGCUACAAAUUGUAAGAUCUUGCCGGUCUUGCAUCACUUAUGUUUUACCGUCUUACCCUCUGUAAAUAUUCUCUUGUUGGUAAAUACUGGAAAGGAAUUUUUAUCGGAAAUGAGAUUUGAUCUCUGAUCUUUGCCCAUAUUCA